CUAUUGACUCAAUGGUACAAUAACAGGAUAAUGGACAUUUAACCCUCAAUAAUAUACAAUCAGGUCUGGUUUAUGAUAUGACUGUGCAGAAGAAUAGCUGAACUGGGAAAUUUGAUUAUGCAGGAUGCUUUUUUAUAUAUAUACGACACUACCUUGUUUUCCUUUUGUGAUACAUACUUGUGUUGAAUCUAUAAAUAUCAAGCACUCAUUUACGGUACUGCAGAAAAUUCAGGCAAUAAUCCAAAAGAUUACACAACCCCUAGAACGCAGCGUGACGUAACGCGACGUGACGUGUACACGUCACUGCAGGAAGUGUAACAUUUUCACCAAAGUUUUGAGAGAUUUGAACAAGUAUUUUUUUGUAAAGAAAUUACGCAGUUAAACGUAUAGCAGAAAUUAAUAAAUAAAAUAGGCUUAGAACCUAUUAGUUUUUUUAUUAGUCAAAACAAGUCCAUACCCCAAGCAGUCUGAUUAACUAAAUUACCCGUUAAAAUCGUGCAAAAGGUUCAUUUCUCGACUGUAUCUGUGUGAGUUAAGAAGUUUAAAUUUGAAGACAUUUUCGCAGACGGACAAAUAAAGGACAACCGCAAGAAUGAGCAGAAAGGACAUCUGCAAGGAGUACAGGAAAGUCUUGGAGACAUGUCUGGAAAAAGGACAUGCAGACAUUAUCUGCAGAGACGCCGCUCUGGUAGCUAUUACCAGAAAGUUGCUGAUAGAGGCAGGGAAGGAGCUGCACGGAUACCUGGAGAACAUGUUUGAGAUCAUCACAGAUUCCCUUCAGCAAGAGCCGUGUCUGGAGACGGGGCUGGAAAAGCUCAGGAAAGCGUUUGAAAUCCUGGAGCUGGCAUCGCUCAAUCUUUACUUGAGCCCUUGGCGACAAGAAUUCAAGAUCAUUAAGACUUACUCAGGUGUCUACAUUCACUACCUGAAACCAGUCCUGUCUGAUCACAAUAUUGUGGAACUCUUUCAGAAGAUGGGCUAUAGAAAAAGAGACAAGAAUCAACUGGAAAUAGCCAUCUUACCAUCUUCUGAAGACCAGCUCAAACUGGCAUGCGGUUUCUUCACAGCCCGGUCCGAGUGUGACCUCCUGUUAGAAGUGUUGAAAGGACUGAAGGGCUUUAAUGCUUCUAUUCAACUUCUGAUACCAGAGAGACUCACUAUGAAAAGCCUUGAUGAAGGUGUGGAAAACCUCAAGAAAAAGAUCUUAGCCUUGAAGAAACAAGAGCAAAGAGACCCAUGGACAAAAGAAGCUGCAGAAUCAUCAGAGCCUGCACUUGAUCUUUAUACUGAUCCAAAGCAGAAUAGAGAUGAACACCAUCAGUCAGGGAGCACUGGUAUAUUUACCAGUAACGUAUCCUUUAGUAUAACUCCACUACAAAAUGGCCGUGGUGGAUUUAGUGCUACUUCAAGAUCUGGCAUUCAAUCACUUGAACAGCAACAUACUCUAGGUAGCUCUUGUCCUCCUGGAGUUCCUAAGUCCAAUCAGCAAGCCAACCUGAACUCUGCUGCACACACUCUAGGAAAGCAGCACAGCAGCCACACUGAACAGUCAAAGUCUGGAGCUGGUGUGAAUUCAGCUGAGAUGACAACAGGAAACACUAAUGUUGGGAUACCUAGUAACUCACCAGGGGCAGACCGAAGUGAUGCAGAAAGAACGACCAUUGGCAAGGAGAGAGACUGUCUGGAAGGGUUUGAGAACUGCACAUGUGUAAUCAACUAUUCUGUUUAUAAAUGUAAAUCAUGCAAAAUGCUUCAUAGCUGUGAUUGCAAGGUUGUGGAUAAUUGCAGCGUUCUUGGUCAUGAGGUUAUAAUGUUCAGCUGUGAAACCAGACACAGGGUGCAUGACAGGUUAAAUGCCUCUACAGAGGUGUGUCAAAGACUAGGUCACAACACCCAGUCUAUUCACGAUAAGGAGGGUAGGAAGAUCAUGCUCAAAAAUGUGGAGGAGGUGAAGCAGCAUGUUAAGCUAUAUAGCUGGCAAAAGCACAGUUGCAUUUCUGCCAGUACGUCGCAUUACUGUGCAUGCGUGACUUGUUUUGAGUUACAUUCGGCUUCAUGUCAAGAGGUCCGAAAUUGCAAGUUGUGUGAAGUAAUAACUUUAAAGAAGUGUGCAUGUAGUACAGAAUUACAUUCCGAAGGUGAUGUUGUAUGUGACAUAUAUGAUGUUUGCUUAUACUGCCAUCGUGCAAUCUGCAAAUUUAGUUUUUACAAAAACCCACUUAACUGUAUUUGUGGUCUACCGUAUAGAAACAACUGAAAUUAUUUCCAGCUCAAAAGGCCUGAAUUCUGACCACAAAUAGGACAAUAAUCUUAAUUUUGAGCAGGUCUUCAGAUUUCCUUUGUUUAAUAUACAGCAGCUACUUCAUGUUCAUUAAUUAAGCAGUAGCUUUAGCUAUGCAAUUAGGGGGGUGUUAUCUAUACAGAAGAACCUUUUCUUUUCAGUUUUUAUUUUAGAUCUGAUUUCCUGGAGAGAAAAAAAAAAACAAAUCUGUGUUUAUUAACAAAAUAAAUAAAUCAAUAAAACAGGUUGAAAUCUGCCAAUAAUAAUUUUCCAGGUAAACACUGGGCUAAUCUGGGAAGAUCGGAAAAGCAGCUCAUCUACUUCUAUUGUUCGUGAAGGCUAACAAUCCAAAGCUGAAAUUUAACCUGUAUAUUGUUUUUAUUAACAUACUAUAAAUAUUUACUGAGUGUAACAUUAGGGAUUUUUCUUGAUGUAAAUCAGUAUUUUAUUUUCUUGAGGGGGAUAGCUUUUGUAAAACCCAUUUAUUUCUUGGUAAAAAUGAGGGUGUGUGCUAUAGUAAACAUCAACCACUUUUUACCUGGAACGUGUGACUUUUUUAUUUGAGAAAUAUAGCAUGAUGGUAAACAUGGUUUAUACAGCUAUCGCAACAUGUUGUUAUCGAUUUAAUUGACUGCAUUAUACUGUUUCUUGCUGUUUGGACACUGGAGUUAUGCAGUAAAACGUCUUGUAAAGCUGUGUUAAAUCAGAGUACAAUUUACAACAUGUUUAAGUAGCAGUACAACAGGCUACAGCUUCACUUAUGAAAUAAAUUAAAAAACCUACUGUACAGUUUAGAUUAACAAUAACACCUCUUCAUUAUUUGCUUUUGACAGUCUUAAUCGUUCCUGAUGUCAAUUGUUCAAUUUUUCUGAUUUGCUCUACCCAGACAUGAUGCCUGUUAUAGUUCAGUACCGUUUGGUUUAAAAGGUGGAUCUUGGCAAAGAAUGUAUGGGAGCAGGGAAUAUUGUUAUUGCAUGUAAUUUCUGAAACUGGAAGUUAAGAAUUAGGUUGAAAUCUGAACACGAGAGAAAGUCAACUUUUGUUUAAAGAGGGUGGUAUUAAUACUAAACUUUUUAUUGUAUAGUUGGACAGAAUUUUUCUAAGGCUGUAUGCGCUACUGUUUGUAUAACUCCCAAGCGCUUGUUUUACCCUAAUAUAUUGAUUAGGUGAAAACGAACUUCAUAAUUUGUAUUAAAGUAAUUCUCAUGCGGUAGCAAGACAUUUUAGAUGGAUGUAUAAUACAGAACGAUAGCAAUUCAAGUCAUUCACUCCAAUGCAUUACUUUUCUUACUGACUACAAACAGUACAAUCUAACAUAAUGCUGUACCAGUUUAAAAUGGCAUUUUCCUUAAUCAAACAUGCUUUGUAACCGUUAUGUGUAUUAAGCAGAUGAUACAGCUGUAGAAUACAGUAAAUAGCAUAUUGUAUGUACAAUACAUACUGUUAGAGUACUUUCCCUUUUAAUAGUACAGUAUUUCACUCUAAGGGUCUUCUGCAUAAAGGUAGCUUCUUUGCAAAUAAAAUAUAAGAAUUUACUGCACAGUCAUUUUGUCUAAAAAUUGCUUUUAUUGACAAGACCCAAAGUAAAUAUUCAAAAAUAUACUUCUAGCAAUAUUCAAUACAGUACAUGCAUACUGUAUUUGCUACUUUGUAAUUUUUGUUUCAGUUACAUUUAUGACACUGUGUAAGUAAUACUAUAGCAAGCUCAAUAAAGUUGAUUCUUGGAAUGUA